CAUGCGCGCGGCAUAUCCAGUGCAUCCGGGCUGGAGCUCGCCUCCCCCCUCCCCCGCCCGGCGCCGCCGAUGCACCUGGGUGCGUUACGCCGCCGGAGGCUGGGCAGCUGGCUGCGCUGUUCUGUGCCGGACCCCACCAGGUGGGCGCAAGCCACGCGCACCCGAUUCUGCGCCACUGCCCUCCACAGCUUGCACCGCCAGCCCUCGCCCGCUCACUGCCACCGGCGGCUCGGGCGGCUCGGCGCGGCGCACUGCUCCUCGGUGCAUUGCUGCUCGGGGCGCUGAAGCCCGCAGCCGCCUGCCUCCCCCGGCCCUGCCCCUCCCCCGUGGAGUGGGGCUGUCGGUCGUCGCCCACCGCCCGGCGGCAGCAGCGGAGCCCGGCUGCGGUGCGGCCGCCGAGCGCGCUCCCGCAUCGGGCCCUCCGGCCUGCCUUCCCUUAGGGCAGCCCGCGCCCCGGUGGAAGGGAGCGGUCCCUACCGAGACCUGCCCGGUCCGGCGGUGAGAUGAGCUUCUUCGGCUUCGGGCAGAGCGUGGAGGUGGAAAUCCUUCUGAACGAUGCGGAGAGUAGGAAGCGAGCCGAGCACAAGACGGAGGACGGGAAGAAGGAGAAAUAUUUCCUCUUCUACGACGGGGAGACGGUCUCCGGGAAGGUGAGCCUUGCGCUCAAGAACCCCAACAAGCGCCUGGAGCACCAGGGCAUCAAGAUCGAGUUCAUCGGGCAGAUCGAACUCUACUACGACCGUGGGAACCACCAUGAAUUUGUGUCCCUGGUGAAGGACUUGGCCCGGCCUGGAGAGAUCACCCAGUCGCAAGCCUUCGACUUUGAGUUUACCCACGUGGAGAAGCCGUAUGAGUCCUACACAGGACAGAAUGUGAAGCUACGCUAUUUCCUUCGAGCCACCAUCAGCCGCCGCCUCAAUGAUGUUGUCAAAGAGAUGGACAUUGUAGUUCACACACUCAGCACAUACCCGGAGCUGAAUUCCUCUAUCAAGAUGGAGGUUGGAAUCGAAGACUGUCUGCACAUUGAGUUUGAGUAUAAUAAAUCCAAAUACCACUUGAAAGAUGUCAUUGUAGGGAAGAUAUACUUCCUGCUGGUGAGAAUCAAAAUCAAGCACAUGGAGAUAGACAUCAUCAAGCGGGAAACGACGGGCACAGGCCCCAAUGUGUACCACGAGAAUGACACGAUAGCCAAGUACGAGAUCAUGGACGGGGCGCCGGUGCGAGGAGAGUCCAUUCCGAUCCGGCUCUUCCUAGCGGGGUAUGAGCUCACGCCCACCAUGCGGGACAUCAACAAGAAGUUCUCCGUGCGCUAUUACCUCAACCUGGUGCUGAUAGACGAGGAGGAGCGGCGCUACUUCAAGCAGCAGGAAGUGGUGUUAUGGCGGAAAGGUGACAUCGUACGGAAGAGCAUGUCCCACCAGGCAGCCAUCGCCUCCCAGCGCUUCGAGGGCACAACCUCCCUGGGUGAGGUGCGGACCCCCAGCCAGCUGUCUGACAACAACUGCAGGCAGUAGGCCCCCCAGGGCCAAGAAGUUGCUGGGCUUCCACCAUGGCACCCCCAUCCACCAAACACCAGCGGCGGGUUGGGGGGAGGGCCACGUGAGGCUCAGCCGACCCGUUACUUGCAACCUGAAAACAAAUCAUGUUUUUGACUUAAAUUGUUUUUUCUGAAGAACCUAAGGGGCUUGGGUUGGGAAGCAGUCUCCUUGGGAUUCUGUGGCUGAUGUGGGGAUAGGGAGAGGUAGCAUCCUGGAAGCUAGUCUCUCUUGAAGGGGAAAAAGAGCCUUCUGUUGCAGCCCUUCUUGCUGGGCUGCUCGUGUCUUACAGGAGAGCAGACGGCACACACUCUUGGCUCUGGGCUCUCUGAGCUUCCUGGAAUGUAGGACCUGAGCGUGUCCCUGGGAUUCUGAGCUGCCAACAAGGCCUGGGUGGUCUUGUCUUGUACUCCCCUCUGCUGUCCUUGAGGUAGUGGCAGGAGUUGGGCCUGCCUCAUCCUAAAUGGCAGGAGUAAGACUCAAGAUCAGGAAGCUACCUCUUUGGGAGUCUUGGAUGUGGUGCUCUGAAGUUUCCAUAGGCCACCUUCUUCCUGGCCUCUCACUGCUGGGACCCAGAUACUUCCCUGCUCUGUAUUCUCUGGAUUGUCAGUAACAUCCUGGAAGAGAAGCCUGUGGAAGGGCCUUGGGCACAGAGAAGCCCAUGCACGGUCAGUAUCAUGCGUGGAUGGCAGCAGUGUUGAACCCAGGAGGCUGACCCCGGCCCUCUGAAGAAGAUCAACGCAUGGCAGUUGUCUGCCUUCACCAUGUGACUCCACUGGCCACCCUGAGGUCUGGGUUGUUCUAGGGUGUUGCUCUAUGUACCCCAACAAGCCCUCAGCAAGAGGGGUCUGUUUCCUUUAAGAAGAGAUCCCAGGAAGGGGCCUUGACCCCUUUGCCUCCCUGAGAGUGGACCUCGUCUCUCCUUGCCCUUAACUUAGUUUCUGGGAAUCAGGGCUUGGUUUUAAACACUUGGAAAUUUUGUUCUUACUACCGCCCCGAGCCCCUUCAGCCCCCUCCCUAUGUGUUAAGGGCAGACGGUGAGGGCCUCAGCAGAAGACUCUGCUACCACAACUUGAGAAUAAUUCUGCUUGCCAAAUUACGUCCUCAUCCUCGCCAACUGACUGACCCAGGUUUAGGACCAUUGGUAUUUUUUGUUUAAAAACAUAUAUAUAAAAACUCUCGUGGAUAUUCUUGUUAUGCUAGAGAAGAGGGCAGUUCUCCCUCUUGCUCUGUGCUCAGGCCUGUAGUAGGAAAGGUGUUUAUUGUCCUUUUCUGCCUCAUCUGGAAAUGACAGGAAUUACUCUCCUAUUGGCCUCCCUUCCUUUUAUAGGAAGACCAAGCAGACCCCGCCCUAGCCAACUAAUACAAUAUUUGGCCGUCUGGAUUCUUAGUAAUUUGGAAGGUAGAGGCGCUGGUUCCUCUGUCACUUUUCAGUUAGCGUGGGAAAUGGGUCUCCUCUUUUCUUUAGAAGUCUGCAGUCUUAAACCUUUGACUGGGCAGGGUUCAUGGAUCAGAGCCGAGACUGGAGGGGAAGGCAUUUGGGGUGAUGUGUAGUUGACUGGGGGCAGAACUGAGGAAGGUAAGGCGGUUUCCCCCGUGCUAGACCCCGAGUUCAGGUGCGACACACAAUCCUCAUGGAACAGGAUCACCCAUCCAGCUGCCCUUGGAUUGUCAAGGUUGGGGCUUAAGUGUAUGAGGGAGGCAGGUUCUGGGUUCUUUGCCUUUUUCAGAGCAUGAGAUUAGGCUCUGAUGUGCCUCCUUUUAAUAGCUGGUAUUCUAACUAGAAGCAUUUGUCAGUUCCUCGGCCUCCCAACUGACAACACAAAUUCAUUUUCCAACUUUCCUAACAUCUUAAACCUUUCUUCUGGGAGAACUAGAAGAUAGAAUUUGCUUUGAUUCUCUCAGGCGCUGCGCACAAGCCAGGUCUUCUGUUUUCUUUUACACUCCCCCCAUUCUCACCUUCUCUGUCCAACUGUGAAAGUGAGGGGAGGCUCCUGUCCCCACCCCCAAGGUCCCCAAACCUGGGAGUGCAUAGGUACUAAACCAAGCAGUGCAACUUGUAAUUAAGCAGCUGCAGUGUUUACAUGUUUCUUAACGUGUCGUCUUUUCAAUGGCUGUAUUUUCAAAGAACACUUGUUUAAAUGGUCUCUGAUUAAAGGAAGCCCCUGUGGCUUUGGGGGCUUUGUGCCCCUGGUCCACCAGGUUCUGUGGUCUCCAUCUACAUCACACCACCUCUGAUGUCAGGAAAAGAUAGACACCCGCCCUGACUCCCAGCACAGCACCUGCACUCUCAGUGUUCAGUCCCUGGUGAACAAUGAGGACUUUAUUAACCACCUGUUUUAGCCAUGUACAUGGCUGAGAAAUGAAUUCAGGUUUCACCCCUAUCUGCUAACUUGUCCUGAAACUGCUCAUAGGAUGGUUUAAACCUCUGUGAGACCCAGAUGACUUCAGGGGUAGGUGAGAGAGGCUGGUGUAGUAAGACUCAGUGUUACCAGAGUGAGUCUCAGCCCUACAUCCUGCUACGUAUGGAACAAGAGAGAAAGAGCCCUGCAUCUUGUGGUGUGGCGGCAGGAGCCAGCCCAGUGGAAGACAUCUGUGGUGGUGUAUUCCACUGCACCCAAUGCGGUUUUAGAAGAAACGCUUUCAACUUUGAUGUUAAUGUUUUAUUGAGAAAAGUAUACAAACCCACCUAUGUACACAAGGCCAGGUAAAUAUAACAAACAAGCCGCCUUACACCUUCUUUUGUCUUAAAAAAGCUUGACUUCUUUGGAGUAAUGUCUUGCCCAUUCCAGCAUCAAUGUCUCAGUUAACUUGGUUCCUUUUCCUCCAGGCUCAAAAUAAAAUCAAACUCUUCUACCAAAAAGGGGAAAAAGGAAGAGAAGGGAGAAUUAGGUCUCACAUCUCCUCUUGAACAGGGAAGUUAUGCCAGGCACAGGUACUUUACAUGUCACCGAGGCAGGCAGUCAAUCCUUCAAAACCUAUGGGAGCUUCUUACCAAGUGCCAGGCACUGUUGAGUACUGGGUACACAGUAAGGGGUAACUUGUCCCUCCCGUUAUGGUUGUGAAGAUACUGACUCAGGUUAAAAUACCAUGCUCAUAUUUAGUCAGCUAGUAAAUGGGAAUUCAUGCGGUCAUUCUCGUGUGUGGAUGAUAAGGUAAAGGAUGCAUUCUUACCUUGGGUCAAGGGCUGAAUUGAGAGUCUCUGGCGAGUGAAAAGAGCCAUAUUUUUUAAGGGGCCACCAGUAGCUUUGUGAGCUUGAUGAUAAGUUUUGAGCUCAGCCAAGGGGAUGAAACGCUUCAUCAUCCGAACAAACUGUACAUCCACCUAAGUGACAACAGCAUACACGACAGAAAGACAUGUCCAGCCAGACUCUGCCCACUGGGUUUUUAACUGCUUGCAGGAGGUUCCUGUGCAGGGUUGCCAGUGUUCUAUUCUUACCUCCAAAGUUAGUGUAACCUCAUCUGAGUAAGAGCUGGGCAUUAUACCUUGACCUUAAACCACCCCAGACCCUCCACCUCCCUUUGUCCAUCCUUCCCCUCUCAUGAAAUGGGAAGAACAGUCUUACCAUGGACCAUUUGGGGUUAUCCUCUUUGCUGGAUGGAUCAUAAUGGGGAUUGUUUUUCUCAAACUGUGUGUGAUCUGGGUAAGCCUCCUUCACAAUCUGAAACCAAAACCCAAGUCUCCAAUCAUGUGCCUACACAGUCAGCUCCACAGCCAAUCUUUAAUCCACCUCUAACUUUAAUUUCUUACCCUGCACAUUCUUACCCAUCUGCCUUGCUAUAGAGCCAGUGAGGGCUCAGAUACAUAGAUAUAUGGAAAUAAUACACAGUCUAAGGCAAGCACAAUUAGGAAAUCAAACCUGUUUUUUCAAGUCUUAGGAAGCACAUUCUAAAACUAAACAGUAAAGGUUAUUACUAGUACCACUGUUUUUUUCUGCCUGUAUAGUUAAUUUUAUCCUGAAAAUUCUCAGCUUGUUAGAACUACCAUCAGGCCUGUUUUUGCAUGAGACCAAGGCUUAGAGGUGGAGAUAAGUCUGUGCUGGCUGGACCUGAAAUGAAGGCCUGCUUUGUUCGAGUCCUUGUUGUAUAGGAAGGGACCAGGGCAGUUUUUCCCUGGUCCUACAGUGGGGUACAAGGAGGGGAGUACUUCCUUUUUGUUACCUACUUAAGCUGUACCACUUUUUAUCUACAUGAGUCAGUCUCUAGAGAGAAAGGGAUUCAGAUCAAAACCUGUGUAACUAACCUUCAUAAGUCCUGCGAUGCCUGGCUCUUUGCAGUUGCUAUGGUAGAAGAAAGCUUCUUCUUCCAGCUUCAUGGCCCUAAGGAAGUUCCGAGCCUAUCCCAGAGGAAAAGAAACAGGAAUGAUCCUCCUCACCAGCUGGAGAGUACUAGCCUCUCAGUGGAAAUCAAGUCUGCUUUCAUUAGAUGGGUUUUCUUUUUUGCAGCUUCUCUUCAAUUCAUAAGACAGUUGUUCCCCUUUUCCAAAAUACCCAUGCUUGUACCAGGACACUGGCCAGAACACAGCCCAACUGCAAAUUUCAUGUAAUCCGAGUAAUUAAGAUUUUUUUUUAAUACAUGUUCAGGUUUAGAUUCUGGGAAAAGGCAAUCUUGGCCAAGAGGUUCCACUAUUAAAUAAGUCAUAAGGAGGAGGCAGGCAUAACCCUUGGGUCUCGGGAGUCCUGUUCCUAACCCUCUUACCUGGUAGUUGCGAACACCAUCCCAGCAUGUUGUCUGCUUAGGCUGUGCUUUGAGAUCCUCAAUGCCAAACUAGGCAGGAAGAAAUAAAGUCAUUCAUGAAACAAUCCUUAGCCAGUUGGUAAGCACAUAUGGAAGCAGACAAUUCCCUCCCCUACACUGAGGUGCUACUGAGUACAGUGGAAAUAUGUGUAGUUCACUGGGAAGCAGCUCCACCGAGCCAUUUCUGUUGGGUGGAUACAAGUAAGCCUUGUUAUUUUACUAUCCUUGCCAAUUAAGAGGAUUAGUUGAAUGGAUAAUACAGAUUGAUAAAGUAAUCUUCUGGUUACAUGCUUUUCAUUUGUUAAAGCACUGUAUAUUUCUUCUGUAGUAUUUCUACUUAUAUUUUCCCCAGGCUAUGUUAAAAUUGGUUUAUAUUCAUUCCCUUAAUGUAUGCCAACCAUUGGCAGGGAGACACCUAGAAGCAUGUAAAGUGUUAAGAGAAAGGCAACCUAAGAUCGAGAUUGGCAAAUUAUCAGGCCAAAUCUAGCCCCAUGCCUGAUUUCGCAAAUAAAGUUUUACUUGAACACAA